AUGGAAAUUGCUAUGAUAAGAGCCGACGUGGAGGAGGGUUGUGAAGCAACCAUGGCGAGGUUUCUAGCCGGCCUAAAUCGGGAUAUUGCCAAUAUCGUCGAGCUACAACACUAUGUAGAAGUUAUGGACAUGGUGCAUAUGGCAAUCAAAGUGGAAAAGCAAUUGAAAAGGAAAGGAUCCACUCGAACAUAUCCAACGGCUUCUACCAACAAGUGGGCUCAAGGGACUAGCAAAACUCCUAAUUGGCCUAAGGAGCCUUUUGUUGCUGCUAAAUCCAACCAACCAAGUGUCGAAGCUAGCAAAAAUAAAAACGAGGCUGCUUCGAAUCAUUCUCGCGAUAUCAAGUGUUUCAAGUGUCAAGGAAGAGGCCACAUUGCGAGUCAAUGUCCUAAUCGACGAGUGAUGGUGGUUCGUUCAAAUGGCGAGAUUGAAUCCGAAGAUGAACAAGAGGAGGAGCCUGAAAUUCCCAUGGAGGAAGGUGACGAGCUCGAGCUGCCCGUUGAAGGUAAGGUGUGUAGUUUGAUUAUUGACGGAGGUAGUUGCACCAACGUCGCAAGUUCUUUGCUUGUUGAAAAACUUGGUUUAGCCACCACAAAGCAUCCAACCCCUUACAAGCUACAAUGGCUAAAUGACGGAGGUGAACUCAAGGUGACUAAGCAAGCAAAAGUGGCGUUUUCCAUAGGCAAGUACCAAGACGAGGAAUUUGGAGAUAUUUUUCCCGAAGAAGUGCCAAAUGGCCUACCUCCCAUUCGAGGAAUCGAGCACCAAAUCGAUUUUGUGCCCGGCGCUGCAAUUCCAAAUAGGCCAGCAUAUAGAAGUAAUCGUGAGGAAACGAAGGAAUUGGAAAAACAAGUAGCCGAAUUAAUGGAGAAGGGCUACAUCCGUGAAAGUUUAAGUCCGUCUUGCGAUUCGGUUUUGUUGGUUCCUAAAAGGAUGGAUCAUGGCGAAUUUUGUAGCAGGAGCUUGGAAGAUCAUAUUCAACAUCUACGUGCCGUGCUUGAAGUCUUGCGAAAAGAGGUACUUUAUGCCAAUUUAAAGAAAUGUUCUUUUUGCACUAAUGAAGUUGUUUUUCUAGGCUUUGUGGUAAGUGCUCGUGGUUUAGAAGUUGACCAAGAAAAGGUCAAGGCGAUCAACGAAUGGCCGCGUCCAACAAACAUCAGCCAAGUGAGGAGUUUUCACGGGUUGGCAAGCUUCUACCGAAGGUUUGUGCCUAAUUUUAGUUCUGUUGCUGCCCCCUUGACAGAGUGUGACGCUUCAGGUAUCGGCAUUGGCGCUGCUUCUAUGCAAGAUGGACGGCCUAUUGCAUACUUUAGUGAAAAGCUUAACGGAGCUACGUUGAAUUAUCCAACGUAUGAUAAGGAACUAUAUGCGUUGGUCCGAGCUCUCGAAACAUGGCAACACUAUUUAUGGCCGAAGGAAUUCGUAAUCCAUUCGGACCAUGAGGCUCUAAAGCAUUUGAAGGGACAAACCAAGCUCAAUAAACGUCAUGCCAAGUGGGUGGAGUAUUUGGAGUCGUUUCCGUACGUGAUCAAGUAUAAAAAGGGUAAGGAAAAUGUUGUAGCCGACGCCUUAUCACGAAGGUACGCACUUGUCAAUUUAAUGGAUUCUAAAUUGCUUGGUUUUGAAUUUAUCAAAGAUCUUUAUAAAUCCGAUGCUGACUUUGGUGAAAUUUAUGAGUCUUGUUCGCAUGGUGCUUGUGAAAAGUACUUUCAGCAUGAGGGCUAUUUAUUUCGUGAAGGCAAGCUUUGUGUGCCUCAAAGUUCUGUGAGAAACGUCCUUGUAGAAGAAGCUCAUAGCGGAGGACUUAUGGGCCACUUCGGAAUUGCUAAAACUUUAGCAAUAUUGCAUGAACAUUUCUAUUGGCCCAAAAUGAAACGUGACGUAAUAAGGAAAUGUGAUCGUUGCAUCACUUGUAAGAAGGCAAAGUCACGAAUCAAACCGCAUGGUGACGAUUCGAGGACGAAUCGCUUCCAAGAGAGGGAGGAUGAUAUGAGUUCGCCCAUGAAGAUAGGUGCCGAAUCCAUGGAGUUGCCUUUGGGGCCAAUUACUCGAGCACGUGCCAAGAAGUUCCAAGAUCUUGUAGCAAGCUAUAUUGCUCGAUUGUGGAGUGAUGGGUUGAUUGCCCAUAAAAUGCCCACUCAACUAGCUUGA